AUGCCGCGGCGGGGCGAGACGCAGGAGUUCCGGCCCUUCCGGCGCUGGUUCCCGUUCCUCGUGCCGCUCUUCGUCGCCGCCAACAUCGCCCUCUUCGUCCGCACCAUGUACGUCAACGACUGCCCCGCCCACGCCGCGGCUGCCGCCGCCGCGAUCGGCGACUCCGUCGGCGGGGCCGCCGGGGCUGCCGCCGCGCACGGUUGCAUGCUCGAGCCGGACCUCGGCAGGUACGCGUUCCAGCCGUACAAGGAGAACCCCCUCGUCGGUCCCACAUCCGCGACGCUGUUGGAAAUGGGGGCACUAGAAACAGGUAAAGUUGCCAAAGACCACGAAUGGUGGCGCCUCAUCACUUGCAUUUGGUUGCAUGCUGGUGUUAUCCACAUACUUGCCAACAUGUUGAGUCUCCUGAUGAUUGGGAUCAGGCUUGAGAAGGAAUUUGGUUUCCUGAGGAUCGGCACACUAUAUGUGAUCUCGGGGGUCGGCGGUAGCUUGUUAUCUGCUCUGUUUAUGGUGUCAAAUAUCUCUGUUGGUGCUUCAGGUGCACUGUUUGGAUUACUGGGCUCCAUGCUGUCAGAGCUGAUAACUAACUGGACAAUAUACGAGAAUAAGUGUGCGGCUUUGUUGACUCUUGUUAUGAUCAUUCUUAUCAACUUGGCUGUUGGGAUCCUUCCACAUGUUGACAACUUUGCUCAUAUUGGUGGAUUUGUAUCGGGGUUUUUUCUUGGUUUUGUGCUCCUAAUGCGCCCGCAGUUCGGAUACAUCAACCAGAAGAACUCUCAUCUUGGAGUUCACUCGGGCACGCCUAAAUCCAAGUACAAGAUAUAUCAAAUUGUACUCUUGGUGAUUGCUUUGGUGAUAUUAAUUUGUGGGUUCAUCACUGGCUUUGUAUUGCUAAUGCAAGGGUUCGAUGCUAGCCAGCAAUGUUCUUGGUGCCAUUAUCUGAGCUGUGUUCCUACUUCACAGUGGGACUGUAAUAAAGCACCGAACAACUAUUGCCUCUCUUCACAGCUUGGAGACCAACUAAACCUGACAUGUCAAAGCACCGGGAAGACGGAAACAUACGUUAUCAGCAGCCCAAGCAACCCGGAGGCGGUUAAGCACCUUUGUCUCAGUCUUUGCAGCUGACGGAUUGCGAAUGUAUGCGCUUUCGUGGCAAGAAACCGAUGUCUGCAAAUCUUUGGAAGGGAAAGUAGAAGCCUUUGUUCACAAUGGGUGUGGCCUGUGCAAUGCUUUUGGGCUUCUAUAGUUCUCUUAUGUUGUAUGUUGUACAUUGCAAAUGUCGAUCGGCAGUAAUGAAAGAUGGAUGCUUGAGUGA